GCCAGUUUAGUCUCUCUGGCAGCUCACACACUAAAAUAAAGACUCAUCGGCUCGCUCGCCUCCCUUUCAAUUUUACCUUUUCUGCUUUUUCCCCCCCUUCUCUUUCUUGUUGCAACAGAGCGCGGAAGGCAGCAGCGGCUCCGCUCUGAGGCUUGUCAAGGCUCACACACACCCGCACACACACACACGCACACACCCGCAACUCAGGGCGAAAAAACAUCUGCUCUCACCUGUCUCUAAAUCCCAAGCAAAGCUCACGUCCCAGCAAUCCGCCAGAAGGCACCCAAGCAAGAAUCUCCUGUAAGGGGAAGCCAUUCGAUGUACGCUAGCAACUUUUCCCUAAAAAGCAAGUGGGCGUGAAGAAGAAAAGGAGCAUUUUAAGAGAAAAAAAAAAAAAAAAAAAAGGACACCUCACGGAAGAUUUUGGUUUUCGGAUUGGUACCAAACUUUGGAAAAGUUGGGGGUUUUUUUGCUCAUUUUUUACUUAUUACUUUGUGCAUCUUUUUCUAAGAACGCUGAGUCGCUGCCACCUGCAUGUAAAAUCUUUUUCGUAUAUAUAUAUUUUUUUAAAGAGGAAGAAAGUCAAGAGGAAAAAUAGCAUGUGGGCCACCUAGCAGAAGGCAAUACCGAAGCAUCCUUUCCAGCGAGGGGGACGCAGCCUCUGGAUGCGUAUAAUUUCGAGGGACUGCGUUUGUUUUUCCACCGGGCUUAUGAGAUAGCGCAGAGGCAGGCGAGUCACCAAGAAUUACUCCUGUCUCCUCUCACUGCCACCAGCACCAGCACCUCCUCCUCUUCCGAAGCUCUCCUGCAACUCUCCCACCAGCAGCCCGGCUCGUAGGGGCGAUGGGAACGCGGGUCGCCCUCGAUGCCUGAGGCCGGGCGGCCGCAGGGUUCUCUGCGGGAAGCGCUUCCCUCCCGGGGCUCGCCGUCCAUGUGCCCGCAGCCGGCGGGGCCUGAAGUCGGGAUGAAUUUCGGCGUGGUCUUCGCAUUCAUCCUCUCCCUGCCCCUGGCCCGCCUGGAGGGGGACCCCAUACCUGAAGACAUUUAUGAGAUUCUGGGUGGCAGCUCAGUGCGAUCCAUCAGCGACCUCCAGCGUGCCCUGCGGAUAGACUCCGUAGAGGAAGAUAGCUCGAGCCUGGACCUGAAUGCAACUCAGUCUGGUCAAAUCCCAGUGGCCCUGUCUCGAGAGCGACGAAGCCUUGAUGCUCUGGCAGCAGCAGAGCCAGCUGUCCUGGCGGAGUGCAAGACGCGGGCCGUGGUCUUUGAAAUCGCCCGCAACCUGGUGGACAGCACCAACGCCAACUUCGUGGUGUGGCCGCCCUGCGUGGAGGUGCAGCGCUGCUCUGGCUGCUGCAACAACCGCAACGUGCAGUGUCGCCCCACGCAGAUCCGUGUCCGACAUGUCCAGGUGAACAAGAUUGAAUUUGUCCAGAAGAAGCCAAAAUUUAAAAAAGUCGUUGUGCCUUUGGAGGACCACGUGCAGUGUCGGUGCGAAGCAGUGUUCCGCCAGCCACCCCGCAGCAGCCGGCCGAGCCCGCGUGAGCAGAGACGCCCAGCCCCAGCCCACACCACCGCCGCCAUCUCGCAGAGGCAGCGAAUGCGCCGGCCGCCGGUGCAGAAGAGGAAACAUAAGAAGUACAAGCAUGUCAACGAUAAGAAAGUGCUGAAAGAAAUCCUCGUAGCAUAGAAGUGCUGGAAGGGGAGAGAGAGAGCACAAAGCAGGUUUAUUUAAUAUAUUUGCUGUAUUGCCCCCAUGGGGUCCUUGGAGUGAUAACUUUUCCUCUUUAUCCGUCUGCCUCGACGUCUGAUUCAGACGGCAAUUGGUGCUUCCCUUUCCAUCAGCGGACCUUCUCCCACCAAAGCCUCUCCCUUCUUUCAUUUACUAGCAUAACUUUCAAGUUUUACACACACAAGAAAAGGACAAACACGGCCUAUAUAUAGAAAUAUACGAGAAAAGAACAAAGUACAGAUAAACCCAUGAACCCCGACAGCCACAACACGUGACGAGGACAGGACAAUGCCUUCCCUGCUCCGGAGGACAGGGUGGAAAAAUGUGAAAAGGAAAGUGGGUCCAAUUUCUUCUGAGGGGAGAAGAAAACCAAACAGAGGGCAGGAGGGGAAUAUUCUCCCUUUCCUUCACGUUUCUGGCGAGGCUGGGGGGGCCCGGCUGCCAUCCACACUUGCACUGGACCUACUCUUUGAGAAAGGCCCGUCUCAGAUUGCAAGCGGCGACCGACGGUGGAAAAUGCACUAAGGACUUUGAUCCUCCUACCUGGACAGAUCUCUAUAUUUUUAAUGUGCGUGUGUAUAUUUUAUUCUUUAAAAAAAGAAAAGAAAGAAAAAAGAAAAACCAAAACCACUAAGAUACGCAACAUCUCGGGGAACAGAAUAGAAAACAAACCAAGAAGCCAAAUGCAUUCCCCCACUCCCUUUGCCCUCCUGCUCCUGGUGCUGACUGGAAGGCGUUCGGGCGGCAGGGAAGGAGUGGAGGGUGGUCUCCAGCCACCGACCCCUGCCCUUGCCCCUGCCCAGGGGAGCCAUCUUUGCACAUGCUGGUGGAGAAUUCGACUUUCCAGGCUUGGACUCGAUGUUGUUUUUUAAAUCUGCUCUGUAUGUGUGGGCGUGUAUAUACGUGUGUGUGUGUGUGUGUGCGCGUGUAUGUGUAUUUAUACAUACAUAUAUAAAUAUAUAUAUAUAUAUAUGUUCUGAAA